AUGUGUCUAGACAUAAUUGUGAAAAAUGGCCUUAUUGUCACGGAAAGCGGGGUGCUUCCCAGCGGACAGAGCAUAGGAAUAUCGAAAGGGAAAAUAUCCAUCAUAGGAUACGAUUUGCCCGAAAGCCCAGAGACUAAGAUCAUUGAUGCCGAAGGAGCAUAUGUGACCCCGGGAGGGGUAGACUCGCACGUUCAUCUCGCCCAGAGAAAUGCCCCAACGGGCGAUAACUGGGAAACCGGGACUCGCAGUGCGGUUGCCGGUGGCACAACAACAGUGCUGGCAUUCACAUCUCAGACAAAAGAGAUGACAUCACUCUUUCCUGUCCUCAAAGAAUACCACGAAAAGGCAAGGGGACAGGCCUAUUGCGACUACGGAUUUCAUGUUAUUAUCACAAAGCCCAAUCCGAAAAUUUUACAACAAGAGCUUCCGUCGCUUGUGAAAGAAGGAAUCACAAGCGUGAAGUUAUACAUGACGUACGAGCUAUACAAAUUGUCUGACCAUGAGCUUCUGGACACACUGCUCGCUUGCCGGUCCUUGGGCAUGACAACAAUGAUCCACGCCGAGAACGGCGACAUGAUUCAAUUCCUGGUCGAGGGGCUGGAGAGAAACGGCCACACGGCGCCUUUCUUCCAUGCGAUUGCAGGUCCCAAGAUCGCAGAGGACGAAGCUUCGUACCGAGCUAUCCGGCUCUCGGAGCUGGUCGACGCUCCUAUCCUACUAGUUCACGUAUCCUCCGACGGGGCGAUGAAGCACAUCCGAGACGCCCAGACAAGACUCCUUCCUAUUCACGCCGAGACAUGUCCCCAUUACCUCUUCCUCCUGUCUGACAGAUUAGCGAACAAGGAACAUGACCAUUUCCACAGUGCAAAGGGCGUGUGCUCUCCACCCCUCCGGCACGACGUGGAAGACCUGGAAGCUCUCUGGCGGGGAAUAGCGAACGACACGUUCACGGUAUUCUCAUCGGACCACGCUCCAACAAAGUAUGAUCAUCCGCAGGGGAAAAAAGCAGGGAUUAUCAACGGAAUUCCGAAAUUCAGCAAGAUACCCAAAGGCAUCCCGGGUAUUGAAACUAGAUUGGCCCUUCUUUUCAGUGAAUCGGAGGGAUAUCUCCCGAAAGAGCGGGCCAGACUCAGUCUCCCUCGAUUUGUGCAACUGACGUCUGGAAAUCCGGCAAGAUUGUAUGGGUUAACGCAAAAGGGAUGCUUAUUGCCGGGGUUUGACGCGGAUCUGGUCAUAUGGCACCCGCACGAUAGGGGUGAAAGGACUAUUUCGCAGGUUAAUUUGCACCAUGAUGUUGACUAUACUCCCUUUGAAGGGAUGCGCGUGCGGAAUUGGCCUCGCUUCACGAUGCUGCGCGGGGAAGUGGUGUGGAAUGCAGACGAGAAUGUGGUUAGUGGUGUGAAAGGAUUUGGACAAUUCAUUAAGCGGGAUGUUGGGCGUGUGCUUGUUGGAAAGACGGGUCAACUUCCGGCUGGUAUGAUGGAAGGAGAGCGUGAGUUCUGGCUUCCCAAGUAA